UGGAGGUAUAUAUCAAAUGGGCAGGGGGGGUGUCUUUUGUUCUGAAGAAAAGGGGGCUUGUUCCUUGAGGAACAUCCUACCAUUUUAACCAGGGGUACAAACGUGAACAGGGGGUUGGCAUUGGAGACGGGCAAUGCGAGUAGAGGGCGGACAGGGGAAAGAAGUCAGUCUCGCGCCACAGCUCACCGAAGCAACAUCACCCCAUGGCUAUUACCGCACGCGAUGCAGAACUCUACGCCUUCUGACCGACUUUAAGGGGAUCCACUGAGUCCAAACUAAUUUAUCAUUAGGAGCCCAGAAGUCAGCUUCAAAGGAUGCUUCUCUCGUGGGAACCAUAUAUUCUGGCAAUCAAAUACGUGCAUUAAUAUAGAUGUAUUUACAGUAAUCUGUCUACAACUAUCACUGUGGACGGGGGAGUGUUUCUGUUUCUUUGCCGACGUCUCAUUUUAUUUAACAAAAAUACAAUAGUCUAGGUUUAAAAUGUGCGCAUCGUUGUUGUCCUGGGUCCGCUUCAAUGUAUUUUAUUUAAAAGUAGCCGAUUAUUGAGGGACGCCGAACUGACACUUGCUCUCAAGAAGAAUAGUUGUAUUUUUAUGUCAUCACACGAUUCGCCCGGUUGGUCGAGAGGACUUAUAACAUCGAGUGAUCCUCGUCACACGACGGACUUAUUUUGCCUGUGCUGAUAGCAUUCUUUAAAUAUCUGGGCGCAUCAGCGUUUCCGUCUUUCUAUUUAAAUUCUGACUUCUCAUUUGGGAUUUAAAAGAUUUUUUUCUGAUGUAAGAAGGGACUAUGAAUCAAAUGAGUUGAACACCUCUCGUUCCCACAACUGAUUUUGAAAGAAUUCCCUGCAUUGGUACAGUAGCCUAAAGCUGCAAAGGGUUACUCAAACUGACAGAAGGACAUUUACCACUAUCAAAAUGAGGCUGAUUCCAUCAAGACUGAGCUAUCUGUUCCUCCACUUCUUUGCUUUUUGCUACUAUGCUCAGGUAACCAUUCAGUCCCCGCCUAAUUUUACACAGCAUGUGAGCGAGCAGAGUAGAGUCACGGACCGGGUGAGCCGCAGGUUAAUUCGAACCUACCAGCUUUACAGCAGAACGAGCGGCAAGCACGUGCAAGUUCUUGGAAACAAGAAAAUCAAUGCCAUGGCCGACGACGGAGAUGUGCACGCCAAACUCAUAGUGGAAACGGACACGUUUGGGAGCCGCGUCCGAAUUAAAGGCGCAGAGACCGGAUACUACAUCUGCAUGAACAAGAGAGGGAAACUGAUCGGCAAGAGAAACGGACAGGGGAAGGACUGCAUCUUCACGGAGAUCGUGCUGGAGAACAACUACACGGCGCUGCAGAACGCGCGGUACGAGGGCUGGUACAUGGCCUUCACGCGCCGCGGAAGGCCCCGGAAGGGCUCCAAGACGCGGCAGCACCAGCGCGAGGUGCACUUCAUGAAGCGGCUGCCCCGCGGCCAGCACGCCGCCGAGCACCGGCCCUUCGACUUCAUCAACUACCCCUUCAACCGGAGGACUAAACGCACCCGCUACUCCGGGGAGCACUGAGCCUCGGCGGGAGCAACCGUCAACGGCAGACGCUAACGCCGGAGCAGACGCUAACGCUAACGCCCGACUCCUCACAGACUCCUUACAUCUGACAGCCAGAGCAGAUGCUAA